UCUGCAUUCGCCUUCCUAACGAAGGACUCAUCUGUAUAGGACGACCAGACGCUUACUCAUUUGGACCACGCUGACUUCUAAUUAAUGUAGCCAUAUGUGAUGCAGGAUAUGUAGUUCUUACUGGCCAGUUCUUUAUGAGCUGUAAGUGGUAACCUCGUGGACGGCAACUACACUAAUCUUUACAAGUAAUUCGUUCAUAUUUAGACAUUUACCUUGAAUUACAAUAAUAAAUAUCUGUAUGCUGCAUUUACUGUUGUCAUUUUCUCAUCUUCUCUCCCAAAUAGUGGCCGACAUCGUAUUUUCGACAGUGCGGAGGUCGAGAACGAGGAGCACGUCCCUUAAAGGUCCAGAGAUAAUAGCAAAAUAUCAAACUGGCCCGGAUGCGCACACUGGUGAGUCGCAUAUAGUGGAGGGUAAGGGUUGCUUGAGGUCAGAGAAAGACAGAUUCACUCACCACCAAUGUUGUCCGUCACUAGCGCUGGCCGAUGAUAGUCUCAGUAAGCAUUUUCCCCGUUACGGUUUUUACAAGCAAUAUACGAGUGACAGACAGUGAGAAAUAAAAUGUGUUCUAAUUGAGGUCGGCC